AUGAGUUCCGGUCCCUUGUAUCUCGGGUUCGACCUAUCGACCCAACAGCUCAAAGCAAUUGUCGUACAGUCCGACCUGACCGUCGUCUCCGAGGCCAAGGUCGACUUUGACGCCGACUUUGGCAAGCAGUAUGGCCUGCGCAAGGGCGUUCUGACCAACGAGGCCGAGGGCGAGGUCUACGCGCCCGUCGCCAUGUUCCUCGAGGCCAUCGACCUCGUCUUGAGCCGCCUCUCGGCAAAGACGCCCAUGGACCGCAUCAAGGGCAUCAGCGGCUCGUGCCAGCAGCACGGCAGCACCUACUGGGCCCAAGAGGCCGAGACGUUGCUGGGCGGCUUGCCGCAGUCCGAUAAGCCGCUCGUCGAGCAGUUGAAGGAGGCGUUUUCGUUCCCCUACGCGCCGAAUUGGCAGGAUCACAGCACGCAGGCGCAGUGCGACGAGUUUGAUGCCAAUUUUGAGACGGCGCAGCGGUUGGCGGAGGUUACUGGCAGCGCUGCACACCACCGCUUCACCGGCACGCAAAUCAUGCGUCUCCGCCAGAAACGCCCCGAAAUGUACGCCGCUACAUCCCGCAUCUCCCUCGUCUCCUCCUUCCUCGCCUCCGUCCUCCUCGGGUCCGUCGCCCCCAUCGACAUCAGCGACGUCUGCGGCAUGAACCUCUGGGACAUUUCCGCGGGGAACUGGAGCGAGCCCCUGCUGGAACUCACCGCCGGCUCAAAGUCCGGCGUGAGCGACCUCCGCGCCAAGCUCGGCGAGCCGCGCCACGACGGCGGCGGGUCCAUGGGCGCCAUCUCGGGGUACUUUGUCCGGCGCUACGGCUUCAGCGCGGAGUGCCAGGUCGCGCCUUUCACGGGCGAUAACCCGGCCACGAUUCUUGCGCUGCCGCUAAGACCGAUGGAUGCCAUUGUCUCGCUGGGCACGUCGUCUACGUUCUUGAUGGUCACGCCCGUGUAUAAGCCCGACGCGGCGUACCAUUUUUUCAAUCACCCGUGCACUCCCGGGCAGUACAUGUUUAUGCUCUGCUACAAGAACGGCGGGCUGGCGCGCGAGAGCGUGCGAGAUGCGUUGCCGAAGCCUGAGGGCGGUGACCCCUGGGCCAACUUCAACAAGGCCGUGCUCGAUACGCCGCCGCUGGAUGUGCGGUCUGAGAAAGAUGACGCGAAGCUGGGGUUGUACUUUGACCUCCCCGAGAUCGUGCCGAAUAUCAAGGCCGGCACGUGGCGGUACACCGCCAAGCAGGACGGAAGCGCCUUGACGGAGGCCUCGGAGCCGUGGUCCAAGGAGACGGACGCGCGCAUCAUUGUCGAGUCGCAGGCCCUCUCGAUGCGUCUGCGCAGCCAGAACCUCGUCCACAGCCCCGAGUCCGACUCCAAGGUCCCCGCGCAGCCGCGACGGAUCUACCUCGUCGGCGGCGGGUCUCUGAACCCGGCCAUCGCGCGGGUCAUGGGCGACGUGUUGGGCGGGGCGGAGGGCGUGUAUAAGCUUGACGUGGGCGGGAACGCGUGCGCUCUGGGCGGUGCGUAUAAGGCUGUUUGGGCGCUUGAGAGGGGCGAGGGGGAGACGUUUGACGAGUUGAUUGGGAAGCGGUGGAAGGAGGAGGGGGCGAUUCAAAAGGUUGAUGGAGGGUAUAAAGAGGGUGUGUUUGAGGGGUAUCAGCCUGUUGUUGGGGCUUUUGAGGAGAUGGAGAAGAUGAUUUUGAAGGUUGCUCAUAACUAA